AUGGGUAAAUUAGUUCAAUUAUUAACUCAUCCAACAGAGUUAAAAGCUGCAAUACAAUUAAUGGGUUUUAGACAACCAUUACAUCCAAUUGAUAAAUCAUUACAAUCUCCGAGUUUAAUUAGAUGUUAUGAAUUAUUAAAUUUAACUUCAAGAUCAUUUGCAUCAGUUAUAAAAGAAUUACAUCCAGAAUUAAAAGAUGCUAUAAUGAUUUUUUAUUUAGUAUUAAGAGCUCUAGAUACUAUUGAAGAUGAUAUGACAAUAAAACCUGAAAUAAAAAUACCUUUAUUAAGAAAUUUUGAUUCUAAAUUAGAUACUUCAAAUUGGACAUUUAAUGGGAAUGGACCAAACGAAAAAGAUCGUGAUGUUUUAGUUGAAUUUGAUCAAAUUUUAGUUAUUUAUCAUACUUUAAAACCAGAAUAUCAAGAAAUUGUAAAAGAAAUUACAUAUAAAAUGGGUAAUGGAAUGGCUGAUUAUAUUUUAGAUGAAAAUUUCAAUUUGAACGGGGUGUUAACUAUAAAAGAUUAUGAUUUAUAUUGUCAUUAUGUUGCAGGAUUGGUUGGUGAAGGAUUAACUAAAUUAAUGGUAUUAGCUAAAUUUUCAGAUGAUUCAUUAAUUCAAGAUAAUUUUGAAAAAUCAAAUUCAAUGGGAUUAUUUUUACAAAAGACAAAUAUAAUAAGAGAUUAUCAUGAAGAUCUUUUGGAUGGUAGAUCUUUUUGGCCAAAAGAAAUAUGGUCAAAAUAUACUGAUGAAUUACCAGAAUUUCAUAAAAACCUCGCAAAACAAACAGAUGGAUUAGCAUGUAUAAAUGAUUUAGUUCUUAAUGCAUUAAGUCAUGUUAAACAUGUAUUGGAGUUUUUAUCAUUAGUUAAAGAUCCAUCAACUUUUUCAUUUUGUUCAAUACCUCAAGUAAUGGCCAUAGCAACAUUAGCAGAAGUUUAUAAUAAUCCAAAAGUAUUACAUGGAGUUGUAAAAAUAAGAAAAGGAACAACAUGUAAAUUAAUUUUGGAAAGUAGAACAUUUCCAGGAGUAGUCAAAAUUUUUAGACAUUAUAUACAAAUAAUAAAUCAUAAAUCAUCAGUAAGUGAUCCAAAUUAUUUAAAAAUUGGUAUAAAAUGUGGAGAAAUUGAACAAUUUUGUGAAACUUUAUAUCCAUCAGAAAAUGCUAUACCAAAAGGAGUUAAAAUUCCUGAAAAUUCAUUAAGUAAAGUUUUAAAAUCUAGGGCUAAAAUCGAUGAAAGUGUUCAAAUUAGAAUUGAUCAAGAGAAUUUUAAUACUAAUGCUGUUUUGGGAUUUUUUGGUGUUUUAUUGUUAAGUAUUGUUCUAUACUUGAUUAAGAAAUGA